GUUUUAACACUAAGAACCGUCCAUGAGCAGUUAGUUCGCUUGCUAUCACAACAAGAGAGACAGCAACUCAGGACGUCUGAUGCCUUUGUACCAUUUGCUGGUCUGAACCCAUUACAUCAAAACCCCUACACUGAACCACUAUGGAGGGCAGCUGUAGGYCAGUAUGAAAGGGGAAUGGCUCCAGCAGAGCAGAAAAUUGCUGGGAAACUACGGCAACAAUUUAGAGAUUUAUCAGCCCAGUCUCAUCAGCUUUUACGAGAAUUUCAAAGGUACAAAGAACUAGUAAAAAGGCCAAGUAUUAGCAAAGAGCUGGCACC